AUGUCUGAAGAUGCUUUAUUGGAAGAGGACAUUUGGGAGUACAAAUCCAUUAGGAAGCAAAAGCAUCAGAGUAACUCAGAGAGCAUCUCGACACCUGUGCAGAAAGUAAGUGAUGGCAAGUCUAGGCCAAAAAGAAAGAGAAAUAGCAAUAAAAAAUCCGUAGAAAAAACUGAUACACCUCAGAAAACCGAGCAGAGAUCAAGGCUAAAUCAGGAUGUGGAUCAAGGUAAAGAUGACAGCAGUGUGCACUCCCAGGAAAGCGUGAGUAGCCUGACAGAACAGAGCUCACAAAAUGCAAAGCCCAUCCAUGAUGGAUACUGUCCAAGCUGCCAGAUGCCUUUCUCUUUGCUAUUGGUCCAGACACCUCGAUGGCACGUUUCAGAAUGUUUGGAUACUCCAGGAUCCAUUGAAAAAGAGUGUCCUGAUGGUUUACUGUGCACUUCCACCAUUCCAUCCCACUACAAGCGUUAUAGCCAUUUUCUGCUUGCAGCGAGCAGGGCAGGAGAUUAUAUUGUAAACUCUUCAGCAAACACUUUGGAGGGGAAGAUGACAUGUUCUACUACUGCAAAGCCCAGCUGUUCUCCAAGUCACGUAAAUGAAAUGUCACAGAAUGCGAAACCAUCUAAUAAUGUAAAAAAUGUCCUGAAUGAUGGCGGUACAUUGGUGAUACAGAGUUCGCAGCACAUGAAGUCUCUAAAUACAAUCACUGAAAGUAGUUCCUGUUUUGGAGAUGUUCAGAAGCCUCAACAGACAUUGCAACUUACACAGACCACAGAUAAUAGUUUUAAAUUUGAAUUCUUUGACUUUGCAUCCUCUCAAGAAGGUCAAACAGAAGAUCUGUGUAGUCAGAAAGAUACGAAUCAGCCAAGUCUACUACAGUCAAAAGUGGACUUCAGUGACUGUGAAAUUUCUUACUCUCCACUGAGUAUUUUUGAGGAAAGUGAAGAGGAAACUGAGCAAGAGGAGAAAAAAGUAAAAAUAUCACAAAAUAAAUUAUUCAAAGUCCAGAACUUAGAAGAUAAAGAGUUUAAUUCUGCAAUGUUUAAAACAUUUGGUGGACAUCCAUUACAGCAGAAGCUUCAGGGUGAACAUACCAAAGUAGGAAAUUUCAUAAUUAAAAAAACCCAGUGUGAGGAAAUAAAUGCAUUGCACCAUCUAGAUCACAGUGUAAAAACUGUUUCUCAGAGUUACAUGAACAGCAAGUUCUGUAAUUCAACAUGUGUACAUAAUCAGUGUCAGCAAGAGGCACUAACCAGUGGAUCCUCCUUUCCGUGUAAUUGCAAGGAGGUUGAACAGCUGGAAUUGAUUUCCUCUGCUGCUAAAGCAGGUAACACGGAGUCAGCAGGUACUGAUGCUUGUGUUUUGAAUUCUGUGUAUGUGAGUUUUACUGAGACAUCAUCACCACUGCUAGUCAGAGAAGGUGCUGGAUCUCUUCUGACACAGAAAAGUAGUGUUUUGAGGGACUCGGGUAACAUUUUAACUAAUAAAGAUAAAAUGACUGCCAAUGCAAUUGAAAAAUCAGCUUGCCAGGAGAGUUUGCAGUCAGUAGUGGAGAAAGAAGGAAAUCUUAAUACAGCUGCUGCAUGCUUUCCCAGACCCACCUCUAAAACUUCUCUUUCUUUAGCAAGUAUGAAUUCUAAAUCUAGUUCUGCCAAAGAACUCAAACAAAUGGACAUUGGUGUUUUCUUUGGGUUAAAACCCAAAGUAAAAGAGGAGAGCAAAGGAGAGACAUGUUUGAGUGAGGGAAAGCAGAAAUCAAGUUCAGUAAGUCCCAAAGGGAAGAGGCCCAGACAACAAAAAAGGAAAGCUGAGGGGUCUGUGGAAGAUGUAGAAGCAGUUCAAGUUCAAGGAGAAAGUUCAAGUAAAAAUGAAGCCUUUGCAGAUGUACGUUCUGGUGGCCGACAAAGGUGGAGAAAAAAAAUUAAAGGAUUGUCUUCACCUACAAGUGAAGGAAAAAGAAAAAAACAGUGUCCUUUCUACAAGAAAAUACCAGGAACUGGUUUUGCAGUUGAUGCCUUCCAAUAUGGAGAAAUAGAAGGCUGUACGGCUUAUUUCCUUACUCAUUUUCACUCUGAUCAUUAUUGUGGGCUAACAAAAAAAUUCACGUUUCCAGUCUAUUGUAAUAAGAUAACUGGCAAUCUGGUGAAGAGCAAACUUCGAGUCCAAGAGCAGUACAUCCAUGUGUUGCCGAUGGAAACAGAAUGUAUAGUGAAUGGGAUCAAAGUGUUGCUGCUUGAUGCCAAUCAUUGUCCAGGUGCUACAAUGAUCCUUUUCUGUCUACCUGGUGGAACUGUUAUCCUGCACACAGGAGACUUCAGGGCAGAUCCUUCUAUGGAGCGCUACCCUGCUCUGAUGGGUCAACAUGUCCAUACCCUUUACCUUGAUACCACAUACUGUAGUCCUGAAUACACUUUUCCCUCUCAACAAGAGGUUAUCCAGUUUGCUGUCAAUACUGCCUUUGAGACAGUGACUUUAAACCCGCGCACUCUAGUUGUCUGUGGUACCUACUCCAUCGGAAAAGAAAAGGUUUUUUUAGCAAUUGCUGAAGUUCUGGGCUCAAAAGCAAGUAUGUCCCGUGAUAAGUACAAAAUACUGCAGUGCUUGGAGUCAGCAGCAGUUAAUUCCCUCAUCAGUGUGGACUGGAAUGGUACUUUGCUUCACGUUCUCCCCAUGAUGCAAAUUAAUUUUAAGGCAUUACAAGAUCACCUGAACAAGUUUUCUCAGAAUUUUGAUCAAGUUCUGGCUUUCAAACCUACUGGGUGGACCUACUCCAAUUCAUGCCGUUCUCUGGUGGAUAUCAAACCUCAGAAGAGAGGAAAGAUCACCAUAUACGGGAUUCCUUACAGCGAACACAGCAGUUACCUGGAAAUGAAGCGUUUUGUUCAAUGGUUGAAGCCACAGAAAAUCAUCCCCACCGUAAAUGUUGGUGACUGGAGAGCCAGAAACUUUAUGGAGAAGCAUUUUAGAGACUGGAUGAUUGAGGGCAGUGGCCAUAAAUAA